CUGAAUGACCACGGUAUUUUUCUGCCCUAUUCUACAUACCCAGAUGGGACCGAGGUCUGUAAACCGGAGAAUAUCGCCGAGAUCCAAAGACGGUUACGAGCCCCUCGCCCGUCCCUCGCAUUGUCCGAAGAUUCCCUGCGCAAGGAAUAUAAAGGAUUCCAGCGACUCAACGACAGGACCCCCGACGAGCAGCUCGUGAUCAAGAAAAUCCUUCCGAUCCUCGACGGUCCGCAACAGUCGUCCUUCCAUGAUGGCGGCAACUACCCAUUCACGAACCUGGCGCCUCUCACGGACGGUACUCUCGCCGAUGCCAGACCUGAUAUUUACCACGGCGCGCCGCCUAACCAGCUGAAUCCUCGCGUCCGGGAACAGCUCAGUGACCAGAUCAUCCCCACCCGGCGGAGCAACCGCCCUAUCACGCCUAAUUUCUUCGUCGAGACAGAAGGCCACUAUGGCUCGGGCCCCGUGCUGAAACGUAAGGCCUUGUAUGAUAGCACGCUGGGCGCACGAGCGAUGCAUUCCCUCCAGAAAUAUGGACAUGCGCAAGAGAAGCGCAGCAGCAAUCGACCGCAGGUUGACGAUGGCUCUGCUCCUGCUCCUGCUCCCGCCCAUGAUUCUACGUACGAUGACCACGCCUACGCGAUGGCGUCUACCUUCCAAGACGGAAUUCUGGGCAUCUACGCGACCCAUCCGACACGGACUCCGAGCAAUAUCGACCCCGGCGCAGGCCGUCAGACGGAUUACGUGAUGACCCAGGUCGGAUAUUACUCCUUGAUCGGGAGUCCGGAAUCCUACCAACAGGGUGUGAACGCGUAUCGCAAUAGCAGGGACCUGGCGAAAGAAUAUCGGGACGAAUUUAUCAGGCAGGCGAAUGAGCGACAUGAAACUGGUCGUUAG